AUUCAACUUCGGUAAUCUGAUUGCAACCACUUGAUCCUUUGAUCAAUCCAGUUCCCUAGGAUACUGAUCCGUGACAGGUAGGAUAGUAAAAAUAAAAUAUUAUAAUAUAAAAUAUACUUCUAAAAGGUAAGAAGGUAUAAUAAUUAAUAAGGGUUAGUGUUACGAUACCAGAACCUAUGAGGGCAGAGAAGGCAUCAAGUACUUGGGACGGAAGUCGGAGAUCGUGGCCAGAGGGCUCGAUGACACCCAAGGACCAGUCACGUGAUCCAGCACCACGUGAACAAAGUGAUCAAGGUCUCGGCAUGGGCCAAGAGGUUGAGCAGCUUGAUCAAGGACUAGGAGGACGAAUAUAUAAGAUUGCCAGAUUUCAUAUGUAGGAGUUCUUCGUAGUCAAUAACAAAUUGUAUCUGAUCUUUUGGAAUUA